AUGAGCAGCAACAAUGAGGCAGCCGUCUUUGCCUUCUAUCGGUACAACCCCAGCAUGGCUGGGGCCGUGAUUUUCACGAUCCUAUUUACUAUCACGACCGUCUGGCACGUUGUACAGCUGUGUCGCACCCAGACUUGGUUCUUUAUCCCAUUUACAGUAGGAGGCAUAUUUGAGAUCAUAGGCUACAUUGGCCGUGGUCUCUCGAGCCAUGAAUCUCCCAAUUGGACCCUGGGCCCCUAUCUCAUUCAGACAUUGUUUCUGCUGCUUGCACCUGCCCUGCUUGCUGCCUCGAUCUACAUGCUUCUCGGACGUAUCAUCUUGAUCCUGGGCGCGGAAUCCCACGCCAUCCUAAAGAAAAAGUGGUUAACAAAGAUCUUUGUCACGGGUGAUGUCCUUUCGUUCCUCCUCCAAGGUGCCGGGGGUGGAAUUCAAGCCAGUGGCAGUCUAUCAGGGAUGCAGAACGGCGAGCGGAUCAUCGUCGUCGGUCUCUUCGUCCAGAUCUUCUUCUUUGGGUUCUUUAUAGUCACGGCCGGGGCGUUCGAUCGCAAACUCAAGAAGUACCCCAUUCCUCGAUGCCGCGAUCCUUCAAUCCCAUGGCGAAAGCACCUUAAUAUCCUAUAUAUCACCAGCUUCUUGAUUAUGGUGCGGUCCGUCUUUCGUCUGGUGGAAUAUCUUCAAGGCAAUAAUGGAUACCUUCUCCACCAUGAGGUCUUCCUAUAUGUAUUAGAUGCGGUCCUGAUUUUCCUGGCCAUGAUCGUCUUCAACCUGUUUCACCCAAGUGAGAUUAGCCAUCUCUUACACGCGGAGAACGAUUACGAAUUGCAAAGCGCGGCAAAUAAGCAUGCUAUAUAAGGCGAGAACGACUCCUCUUCAGACCUUCUGCUUUUUUCUUUUUUAUUUCUUUCUUCUUUUCGAG